CAUCUCCAUCUCAUCUCGACGGCCCCCCCAACAUCACUGACUCACCUCCUCGACCAUGCUUUUGCCUGCAUGAGCGCCAGGAAUCACGUCUCAAGCGCACCACGCACUCCCGCCUCGUCGGUGCGUCGACCGCCCUCCGCCUUGCGGGGUGCGCCAGGCUCGCGCGGCCGCGUCGCCGCUGCCAAGGCACAUGUCUCCGUGUCUCUGGUGUUUGCGCACGGCGAUGCCGUCCAGGCAGACGGCAGUGCGAGCGAGGAGGCUCUGUCCCGCCAACUCGACCGGGACACUGCAGGGGAACGCAUCAGCUUGCGCUCACGCCGCUCAAGCGUAGCAACACUCGCGUCCAUGCGCUCAGGUUACUCAUCAUAUCCCCUCUCGGCCGCCCUUCCAGAGGAGGAAGAGGCCGGACCUUCGACCUUGCGCUCCCCACAUCCUCAUCUUGACCCCACAUCUUCCGCAUCGCUACCGCCCGACGCCGACGUCGACGCCGACUCACCACCACCUACACCUCGCAUGCGUCGACGCCGCGCCAGCUCCCGUCGCUCUGUCCCACAAGACUUCCUCGUCCCCUCUACCUCCGGGAGAAGAGACACCACUCCAGAGCGGCGAAACAGCGCGUGCGCCAUGGAUGAACCCGCUCCAACGACCCCGCGCCUUAACCCCAAACAGAGUGGGGCGUGGCUCCGCUGGAACUCGCCUGCGCCUUCGUUCCCAAGAAAGGACAAGGGCAAGGCGCGUGCCGACUCACCCGGCACGGCCACCGCCGCACGCGCCGAUCACGACGAUGUGCGGCAAAGUGGUCGUGCGGAUCGCAUGCAGCCCGUGCCUGCGCCUCCGGCCACAGCCGCGGCACACGAACAGCAAGAUGAGGCCACCGUGUCGACUCUCAUCCCAUCACAACCACUCACUUCCUCUCCAACAUCCACUUUCCCACUCAACACAGCUGAGGACGACCUCAAAGCCGAGCCCGAGCCCGAGCCCGAGCCAGAGCCCGGAACUCCAGACCCCACUACCCCCAUCAUGCGUCCAGCGGACCCUCCGACAAAGACCACUCCUGCCGGGUGGCGCGCGUACUUCUGGGGUGGAGGUGGCGAGUCUUCCACGGCGGCUCAUCAUCUCGUGCCGCCGCCCAUUCUUCCGAAUGACAUGACCGACCCCGCCGUCGCAGCUGCGGAAUUGGCGCUUGCCAGGAUAGAAUCAAGAGCCAGCGCCCGCACAAAUGGCAGCAUGAAUGGAAGCGUGAAGAGGCGCAAGAGAGUAGGGUCUCUUCACACAGUCUCGGCCGUUGCGACGCCCUCUCCAUCAGCUCCGCCAUCUCCACGGACAUCGACCAGCAUUGAUCGCCGCAGCGCGGAUAAGCUUGGGAAGCAGAACUCCAAGAUCGUGUCCAAGACACCGGCGCCAGUUCCGUCCAAGGCUUGCGCAAACUCGCCCAAGGAUAAGGACACUCAUUGUGAGGCAAAACCGGAGCCCACGUCCGUCGAACAGCCGGUCACCAAGUCCACAGCGGCCAUACUCGCAGCACCACCCCCCGUCGAGGGCAGCCUCCUUCCUCCAGCUGAGAUAACGUCUGAGCGCUCUUCGUCGGAAGCUCAACGCCCGAGAUCCAGGUCGAGAUCGCCCUCGACGGCUGCUGCGCCCGCGCAAGGGUGGGGCUCAUAUCUCACUUCAUGGGUCUAUCCCACCACCACCCAGCCGGCCUCCACUCGUGCAGCGCCUCCUCCCGCGGAGACCACAACGGAACCACCAGCUCCUGUCACUGGUGAACAGGUGGAGCCAUCCACUAUUGUCCAGCUGUCCAAUCCUGCAGAAGAUCAGAAGCCGGCCGCAGAGAAUCCGUCGCCAACAACAAAUGUCCCUGCUCCCACGAAUGGACCUGAGAUUGAGCUUCCUCCCGAUGAGCCGCAGCCUACGUCAUCUUCCGCGCAACAGCAAAAGUACGCUUCUUCGGCGGCUUCGACGUCCGGCUGGCUGAGCUACCUCGCGUUUCGGGCAACACAGAAGACCAUUACGGCCUCCACUAAGACCUUGGAUGGUGAGGAGGUCAUGGACAUGGAGAACGACCCAGACUUUCCCCAGGCAGAAGAGCCUAAGGUCAUCGAGGCUGCCCAGGCGCGCGAGGGGAGCAACUCCAAGGCUACCGGCGCGAAUGUUUCGCGACAGGCCAGUCUCUCCCAGGCCUCGAAAGGAGGGCCACCGGUAAAGGCAACCGGCGCCAAUCUCUCGAGGCAAACCAGCGCCUCGCAGCCUGCAGCUGCGGACAAGCUCGCUGGAUCACAAAGCAAGGCAACAGGAGUGGUGGCAAGAGGCAAGACCACGGAGUUCCGACCUGAAGAGCGGCGCGACUCCAUCAGCACUGCAUCUGUCCAGCCUCAGCCGACACAGAAACUUGCUCAUAAGCGAUCGCAAAAUCUCUCUACUAACCGGAGUCGUCGCCUCUCCAACGCUUCCUCCACGCGUACGGCGGUUAGCGCGUCGCAACCACCACCGUCUCCGAGAGUCGCUCAGGCUAAUGGUCAAGCGCAAGCGAUCAAAGGCGCAUCAGACUUGCCUGGGACCCCCAAGCCAGCCCCGAAGCAGCAGAACUUCAUUAUCCCGACGUUCGAUAUAACCUUUGAUCGUCCGCCGCGAUCCCUUCUACCCCGCAAUCCCGAACCCCCUGGAGCCGCUGGGCUCGCUCUGCGUGCUUUCAAUUACGUGUACAGCACACAGCCAGUCGAUCCACCACAUGAGAAGCGAGGGAAGAAGGCUGGACGGGACAUAGGAGCUAAUCUUCCCCGCCGCAUCGGGCUCGGCGGCGGCAGCCCCGAUGACGGCUGGCGUGAUGUCGAACGCGUUGUUGUCAUCGGCGUGCAUGGGUGGUUCCCAGCAAAGAUGUUGACUUCCGUCAUCGGCGAGCCAACAGGCACCUCGACUAAGUUUGCCAACAUGAUGGGCGAGGCAGUACGCAAGUUCUUCAAGGAGAAGGACGUCGACGAGAACGAUAUCAGGCUCACGCUCAUUCCGCUGGAAGGUGAAGGGACGAUCGAGCACCGCGUCGACAAGCUGUACAAGCAGUAUCUGUCGAACCCUGCCUGGAUCAACGAUCUUCGCCGCGCCGACGCCAUUCUCUUCGCGGCGCACUCGCAGGGGUGUAUCGUCACGACGCACCUCAUUUCCCGCAUGAUUGCGCAAGGUCACAUCCGCACUGCCACCAACCGCGAGGCAACCGCCAGAUGCGAGUGGGCCUUUGGCCCCAUCGGCAUCAUGCCGAACGAAGACUCGAAGAAGGGUCGGCAGCUCGCUGCUCGGAUGAGCGGGCGUGAGGGCGGCCGGCAGAAGGUGGCCAUGUUGGCCAUGUGCGGCGUCCACCUCGGCCCGUUCUACUCGAUAUCGACGUCGAGCGUCAUCCAGCCCUACCUGCAGUGGUUUGAGAAUGCAGCCGCGCGCGAGCUCUUCGAGUUCCAGGAUACGACUUCGGCCGUAUCCGUCGCGUACCAGCGCGCGCUUGCAAUGGUGGUUGAGAAUGAGGUCAAGGUACUCCUGCUCUCGUCGCUUAACGACCAGGUCGUGCCAAUCUACGGGGCGUCCUUCGCUACGGCUUCACACCCGCUUCUCUUGCGCGCACUGUACGUUGACGGCGCAUCCUACUCUGCCUCGGAUUUUAUGACCAACCUGCUCUGCUUUGCGUUCAUGCUCCGCAACGCAGGGAUCGACGACCAGCGCCUCAUAGAGCAUCUGUCCGAGGCAACGGCUGGCUCGCUCACCGGCGUCGGACACAGCACGCCGUACGAGGAGCUGGGGUGCUACUCUAUGGCCGUGCAGUAUCUCUUCCACGCGGGCCCUGCUGCGCAGCCCAUGCCGCCGCUUGAAGUCGAGCCCUUUGCAGCCCGCGACUCGCGCAACGACUUUGAGCUGCCAUGGAUUAUGCGCGCGCUCGUAGACUCACCCGAGGUCAAAGACCUGUUUCCCGACGAGUUGCGCACGCUGCGCGACAACAUCACCGCCUGGAAACCCACCACCAAGGCGCUCAAAGAGAUCAAGAAGCGCCUGGAGCCCAUGGCGGGCCGCCAGCGGUUGUCCCCGCUCUCGCAGCUGGCUACGAGCGGAAGCUCGACGAGCCUUGCGAGCGACGCCGCCGCGCCCGGGGUGCAGCCUGGCACGGCGCAUGCCAAGAGCCAUGCGAACGCCAACGCCAACAGUGUGAGGAAGCAGCCUGCGCCCGCGCCCAAGGCCGUCAUGACCAUGGUCGGUAGAUAGUAGAUGAAGUGUACAUCCCUUCCAAUACCCCCUUACAUCGUAUCUAGCUUGUAUUCGUAAACGGCAUGAAACGUAGCAUCAUCUUG